UAGUAUGAGCAGGGUGUUUUGUCGUUCUCCUUUCCCCCCAAAAAAUGUUUUUCUCCCUCUCUUUAGUAUUAUAACAGGUUUAAGCGUGUAAAGCGAUGAACUAAUCUGACACACUGGGCUAAUUAGUGUGCUAGCGUUAGCUAACUGAAUCUGAGGACCGUUAUUGGAGUCGCGCGCGCGCGCGCGCGGACUGUUUGGCGAUGCGCGCUCGCGCCGCUGGGACGCUGCCGUCGGUGCUGGUGUUUGUCCGUUAGCUGUCAGGUGGAGUCGGAAAACUUUACAACUCCGUCCAAACGAAAGAUUGGUUUGAAACUGGUGAGUUUUCUGUCAAGAAUGUCGGUUUAAUACGCGUGAAAACGGCUAAAACGGCGGUGCGGAAUUCUGUCCGACUUUGUGUGGAGAAUAACUAGCGAGCUGCUAUGGCUAGUUUGGAUGAAUCUGAAGUUGAUGUCAAAGUCGUCGGUUAAAGAUAGGCUGAGUUUUUAAGGAUCAGCGUAUUCAUCAGGACAUGGGACCAGAAGACAUUCAUCAGAUGGAGCAAGCACGAAACUCCAAGAGCUUUAGGGUUGUUCUCUGCCUCUGUCCCCCAGAGCGCACAGAAAUGCGAACAGCAGAAACGAGAGCCUCCAUCAGAGUUAUCGGAGCGAACAGAGUGACUGUUGACACUGGCAGGGGUCACCGCGCGCAUAUCCUGGAUUUUGACGCUGUUUGGAAUGAAGGGGCUUCGCCGAAAGACAUCUAUGAGUCAACAGCAAAGUCCUUGGUGGAGUAUGUGAUGAAGGGUUACAAUGGAUGCGUCAUAUUGUAUGGACAAUCCACAAGUGGAGAAACACACCCAGUUCAAGCCUGCACUGCCAGACAGAGGGGCAUCAUCAGCCGUGCUGCUGAGGACAUCUUUAAUUCUCCAGAGGCUUCUCACUGCAGAGUCAGAGUGUCCUCUUAUCACAUCUCUAAUGAGAAGAUUUACGACCUGUUGGAGCCUCAGGUGAGUGAGGUGUGCCGUAUCCACGACACAGAGGAAGUGGUGCUUCUGGAGGGGCUGAGAGAGCUGGAGGUCGGCUCUGCUCAGGAGCUGAUGGACGUGUACAACAGUGGGAUUACCCACAGGAACACAGGUAUCUCUAAAGGAGAUUUCGCCAGCAAGUCUCACAUGGUGUUAAACAUUAUGGUGAUAAACAUGAGAAGCAAGUCUGAUAAAGGAGGUUUGACAGCCAGCAAACUUACUCUGGUGGAUCUUGCAAGUUCAGGCAAAUCUGCAUAUAACAGUUCUGCAGUUCUGGAUAUGAGAAGAAAUUUCCAUGUGGCUCAAGAAAACCUUCAGGAGGCCAAAACAAUUAAACGAUCCCUUACAAUCUUCAGAAAUGUGAUAUUUUCUCUGAGCAACACAGGCGCUCAACACAUUCCGUACAGAGAGUCCAAACUCACUCGUGUUCUGAGAGACUGUCUUGGAGGAAACUGUCGGACAUGUCUUAUGGUCACCGUGCCAACCCAGUCGUCCUCCAUCACAGAGACUAUGAGCUGCCUGCAGUUUGCUGCACAGGCUUUGAAUGUGUCUUCACGGUCCAUACACACCUCCCAGAUCCGCUACACACCUGCACAGGUGCAAAACAUGUGGACAGCAGAAAAGAACAACCUUCUUCUGACUAGAACACAGAUCCUCCCACCGGUCAGUGCUGAUCGAAGAGUAUCCGGAGUCCACUCAUACUUCUCACCCCUCCCUUCCACAUGCAGGACUCUUAACAUCAAACGGUAUUUUAACAGGAUGCAGUCUCAGGCCUCCUUGCCCUCUAUUGUGAGCAGUGCAGGACCUCUCACUCACCUCAAAUCCAAACGCAGCCUGGAGGUUUCUGACAGCCGCUCCUUCUUGCCACACCUAGAGAAACCCAGACCACCAGAACCAAGCGGCUAUCACAGCUGUGGCGCUCGGAUUACAGAGGAAAAGAAUGGAGCAGUGGAUGUGUGUGUCGUGAAAAGUGCCAUCCCACCCUCCCGAUGCCUCUCUGGGUCUGCUUUUGUGGAGCCCCUACACCGUCAUUCUGUUGAGAAACCUUCAUCCUUACUCGGCUCCUCGUCUAUCGCUCCACUACUCCCUGAGUGCUCCAACUGCAAACAGGAACGAAAGAUCAGGGAAGAGUACGACAAAUUUAUCAUUCAGGUGAAGAGAGAUAGAGACAGUCUGAGCCAGAGAGUGACAGAGCUGGAGAAAGAGCUGAAGAACAGAGUAGGAGAGCAGAGAGAGAACGGAAGAGUGGACAAAGACCAGCGAAGAGUAGAGAGAGACAUUGAAAGACAGGAGACAGCAACUGGAAGUAAUGAAACAGAGAAUGAAAAAAAGACUGAAGGUGAUGAAAGAGAAAUUGGAAAUAACAAGAUUGAAAAAAAGGGGAAUGAUAACAGAAGACAGCACAGAGAAACAGAACAGAAGGAGGGAGAAAGAGAAAAAGAAAGAGAGAGAAGAGAGGAAAGAGAGGGAGAAAAAGAGAAUGACUCGACUGGAAAGGAAUCUAUCAGCACCGCACAUGGAGUAACAGAGGCCCCAAAAAACACUGAGGAGAGCCUACUGUCUGAGCUGCACAGUGUCAGAAAGGAGUAUGAAGGACUUAGGAAGAGUGCGGCUCUGUCCAUCACACAGCUCCACAAAGAAAAGGCUGAGCUGCUGUCUCACAUAGAUGACACUAAAACCUGCUAUGAAAAAGUUUGUUUAGAGAAUGCAGAUCUAAAAGCAAGACUUGAAGCCCUCUUGAAAGAAGCCAACUCCAGACCAUGCUCUGGUUGCAAUGGCAACACAGACACACACAGCUCACACACACAUACAAAUGCAUGCAACUCACACGUGGACACACGCUCGUCACACACACACACGGUCACCACUAACACGGAAAUGCUUGUUGUGUCACACAGUGUUUGUCAACAGUGCACCAGUGAUCGUCCUCAAGAUAAAGGGAGUAAGUGUUGCUUUAGCUCAUGUUCUGGCUUCCCUGAAUCAACGGAACCAUCUGAGCCGACUUCACAUACCUGCCAUUGUGAACGAACACUACACAAACCCAACCUCUACAAACAACUAAGGAGGGAGCACAGUCUGUUGCUGGACGUGAUGCUGGUGCUGUACAAAAGAGAGUGGUUCCUGCAGGACGCCAUGCCGUACGUCAGACGCACUCUCAAAAAAUGUGGCCUCACUCUGGAAGACUCAGACUGAAGGGUGUGUUUUCUGUGGUGGUGGGAAGACAUGAUCAAAUUUGAGUCUUUAGAUUAGUUAAAACAAGUUUAUUUGUGAUGUGAGAUAUUCCUUCUUGAUCUCAGUGCUGCUUUUGAUACCGUAAUUCAUGACAUAAUUAUUUCUGUCUCUCAGCUAUUGGUGUUACAGAUUUGUGGCAAACACACAUCUAGCACUGCAACUGUGACACUGGGUGUUCCUCUGGGAUCACUCGUUGGCUCUGUCCUCUAUUAUUUAAAUGCUAUUUUUGGGUUAUAUUAUCUUCCAUUUUUGUAAUACUGCUCAAAGAAAAAGCUGCAGAGACUUUCCCAUGCCUUUAUAACUGUUUGUCUUGAUUACUGUAAUUCCUUUUUUAUUGGAAUUCCAGCAAAAAGCCUCACACAGAUCUUUCCCCCCAUACUUAUGUAGAGUUCUUCCUCUCCUACAUAUACUUACAGGGUUGGACAAAUCAUUAGCCCAGGCUUCCAGGACAAGCAGAUUAUAUGGCUAUUCGUUUUUGAUGUAGUGGUCACUAGUGUUUUUUUUCAUCAAGCAGAGAAAGAAAAAAAACCUUCUCCUUACAUUUAUCCUCAACUCCACUGAACAGUUUUGGGAUGAACUGGCACGCCAACUGAUCCCAAGACCUCCUCACCCAUAAUCAGUACCUGACCUCACUAAUGGUCUUGUGACUGAAUGAACACAAGUCUCCACAGCCACGCUCCAAAAUCUAGUGGAAAGCCUUCCCAGAAGAGUGGAGCUUAUUAUAACAGCAAAGAGGGACUAAAUCAGGAAUGGGAUGUUCAACAAGCACUUGAAUAUGACUGGUCUGGUGUCCUCAUAUCUUUUGGCCAUAUAGUGUAAAUCUUCUCCUAAUACAACACUUAGACACCUUGAAGUUAAGCAUAACGAGAGAAAAUGAAGUGAAAAUGGGUGGGUUGAUACUGGAGUAUUGACACUUCUGAUCCUGCAUUACCUUUUAAAAAUCAAAUUAUCAAUACUGUGUGCUUAUGUUUUUUACAAGACAGCAUGUGACCCAUCUCCCACACACACACGGCCAGGCAUGUAUAUUAAGUGAUAUGUCUGAAAAGAAAAAAAAUAAGUUUAUUAGGUACUGUGGCAAUACCACACACCUAAUUAAAUAUUUGCAUAUUUUAAAAAAAGAGUUUCUGACUGUUAUUUUUAUUUAUUAUUUAUGAUUUCACUUGAACAUAUUGAAUUGUCCUGAAGUUGUUAAGUUGUAUUAGUUUUUGUUUGACUUUCAGAGCCCUUGAGUAACUGAACUUGGAAUUAUUUCUGUAAUUAAAUAGGGCCUAAAGGGAGAACAGUCUCAAAUGAUUUAUUUUAUGUAUACAGUAAUUCUUGAUAUGCGUAUUUGCAAAUGAUGACUUUUUAUCCUAGUCAGUAGUGGGUAAUUAGAGGUUUCCUGGUAACAGAAACUGAGCAAAACAUUGGAGCUUUUACUUGCCUGUUGUGUGGGCUAAUAAAUUUAUCAUUUGUCCACCCAGAUAAUUAGGUCCCACUGACAGCUCCUAGCUGACUCUAAUUUUAUAUUAACCAUGUGGGCCAUUUAGUGUUUUAAAUUUUAGAACUAAAAUUUUCUCCAUUCAUUAUCUACCUAUUCAUUUUUUUUAUUAUUAUUAUUAUUUUCUGUUGAUGUCUUCUUGUUUGGUUCUUCUGCCCAGCGGCUUGUAUCUCAACUACUGCUCUUUUUUUCACUUAACUGUAAUUUUUAUUAUUAAAUGUUAAUAAUUAUUUAUGUUA